AGUGCAUCAAUUGUUUAAAGGCCAUAAAGAUUUAAUUUUGAGGUUCAACAUCUCUAUGCCAUCUCAAUAUGUAAUCAAACUUCCACUAGAUGGCGGCGGUAAACAACCACAAUGUGGUCGAUUAGAGAAAGAAGAUGCAUUAGGUUUUCUCAAGGAAGUAGGAGAUGUGUUUCAAGGUAAGAAUAAGGGAAAGUAUGAUGAGUUUUUAGAAAUUAUGAAGGGUUUCAAGGCUCAGAGAAUUGAAAGAAGUGUUGUUGUGGAGAGAGUGAAGGAGCUGUUUAAAGGGCAUAUAGCUUUGAUUUUGGGGUUUUAUAAGUUCUUGCCGGAGGAAUACCGUCGAUUAGAGGAAGAACAUGCAUUAGCUUUUGUCAAGAAAGUAGAAGAUGUGUUUCAAGGUAAGAAUAGGGAAAAGUAUGAUGAGUUUUUAGAAAUUUUUAAGGAUUUCAAGGCUCGGAGAAUUGAUGCAAGUGUUGUUGUGAAGAGAUUGAAGGAGCUGUGUAAAGGGCAUGCAAAUUUAAUUUUGGAAUUCAACGCCCUCUUGCCAAAGAAUUACUUUUUAUGCUGUUUUUUUUGCUAUAAUAUGCCAUAA